AUGAAAAGUUCAAUAUUCUAUUUACUUUAUUUCGGACGCAACUUUGGGGAUGGAAGACAGGUUAGAGACUACGACUUUGAAGAUAUUUCAGAGCAAGAAAAAGAGCAAGAACUGGAGGAGUUAGUUGAUUCUUUUCAAAUGAGGCUGAAAUCUGCUGGAAAUCCGCGAGAACAAAUCAUGAACAAUAUGCUAGCGUACUCAUUACGAAGCAGGGGACUGCUCGAACUUGUUUCUGUGACAGAUCUAACAAACUACGGCUGCUGUUGUGAGCACAAGGACAAUGAUCAACAAUGCGCCAAGAAAUUCUGCGAGUGUGACUUGGAUUACGUCAAAAAUGUGGUCCAACACGUCGCUGAUGAGAAAUUUUAUCCAUUCUACUCGCGAAACGUUCUUGAUUUUCAACGAUUUUGCUCAAACAAGGAAAGAAACUUUUGGGGCGAUUAUGGGGACUACUCAGGGAAUAAAGAUAAUUCAAUCGUGGACGCGUUUUCUAUGACCAUCGGCAGAAUGAAAUCGCCGGAAACAACGCUAGAACAAUGCUGCGGUGUCCAUCCAAACCGAUUUCCUUUCCAAGUGGCCGGAAAUAGAUCUUGUUGCGGUUCGAAGACAUACGAUCCAGAAGUGUUUGACUGCUGCCAAGACGAAAUCAAAGCUAUUGGAGAGUGCUGA